UUCGUAUCUUACAUGUCGGUAAAAUAGUGUUCUGUAAAGUGACAACUAUGAAAUAUAAAACAGGCACGAAAUUUGCUUAAAAUAACGUUUUAAAGCCUUAAAUCAUCCAAGGAAGAUCUAAAAUCCAUACGAGAACGUUAUUUUUGUUUUUUAAGUCAUAAUUUAUGGUAGUUAAAACAUUUAAACUGCGGCUAUCUUCACGUUGGUCUUGAAAAGACCUGUCAAAUGUCAGUGGGUGAUUCAUUCCGAGACGUCAAAAAAUAACGGUGAAAGAUGGUUUCGCCGCAAGAAAACAGCAAAAGUACCUCCGAGGAGGCUCCCAAAGAUGGCAAAGAGGAGGAGAAAGUGAAUUUGUGGUCGCAGAUAUUGAACGACGUGCAAAAAAAUGGCAAUCCCAAAUUGUCCUCUCACAAGCAGAUUUUGGUUUUGGGGGACAAUGAGUCGGGUAAAACCACCAUGGUUGCUAAGUUGCAGGGGAUCGAGAAUUCCAGUAAAGGUUCAGGUUUGGAAUAUGCAUAUAUAGAUGUUCGAGAUGACUACAGAGAUGAUAAUACUCGUUUGAAUGUGUGGGUUUUGGAUGGGGAUCCGGCACAUACGGAUUUGUUGAAGUUUGCGUUGAAUGCGGAGACUUUCAAGGAGACUUUGGUGAUACUUACGGUUUCGAUGACGAGUCCGUGGGGGAUUUUAGAGCAGCUGCAGCAUUGGGUGUCUGUGCUGGCUGAUCAUGUGGAGAAGUUGAAAUUGGAUGUUGAUUUGAGGCAGAGUAAAAGACAAGAGUUGAUUAAAAUUUGGAGUGACUAUGUUGAACCAGGGGACGAGUUGGAUCCUGCUUCGCCUAUGAAGAGGAGUUCUAGAAAUUUGGGGGAUGGGGAUAAUGAGGAUUUUGAGGGGGUUCCUCUCCCUGAAGGGACUCUAAGUAAUAAUUUGGGUUUGGAUUUAUUGGUUGUGGUCACCAAGACUGAUUAUAUUAAUACUUUGGAAAAAGAGCAUGAUUAUAGAGAUGAGCAUUUGGAUUUUAUUCAAUCCAGUGUACGAAAAUUCUGUCUUCAGUAUGGGGCUGCUUGCUUCUAUAUAUCGGUAAAAGAGGAUAAAAAUUGCGAUUUACUCUACAAAUAUUUAACCCACCGUAUAUACAAUUUUCCCUUCCAUACACCAGCAUUGGUGGUUGAAAAAGAUGCUGUUUUUAUACCAUCUGGUUGGGACAACAUGAAAAAAAUAUCGAUUCUACACGAAAACAUGCAAACCUGCAAACCAGAUGAUUACUACAGGGACGUAAUUGUUCAACCGGCUACGAGAAAAACUGUUGGUAAAGAAACGGAAAUUUUAGCCGAAGAUGAGCAAGCGUUUUUGAUGAGGUUACAGCAAAUUUCUUUCGGAAGUGGGCCUCAGCCCACCGCAAGAAUGGGCGAAAGCCCCAUAAGGGUAUCACCCAUACCAGGUAUUCAAGGUACCCCUAAGAGGCUGGACGGUUCAAAAGUGGUAAGUUCCCCUGGAGGGGAGGGUGUAUUGGCGAAUUUCUUCAAUUCCCUCCUCCACAAAAAAACCGGUACACCCGGAAACUCCUUAAACAACUCAAAAAUACCCGGAAACGAGUCUUUAACCGAUAAAAACUCUAUGAGGUCAGACGCGGCAGCAGAAUUGGAUAGACUGGCAAGGGGGGGCAAAAAGGGCACCCCAAAUACCACUCCCAAUUCAAGCACCAACAAUUCCGGGGUAGAUUUUAACGCUUCCGAUUGUUAAGGGUUCAAAUCUAGCCCCGUUAAUUUUUUUGGUUCGAAGAUCUUCUUUCGCGUAUAUCUCGCUUAUUUUACAUCGGAGGUCAAAAUGUAGUAUACAUAAAAUGUACCCCGUAAAAUUCUCUACAAAAAAUAUAAAAUGCAUUUUUUACGUAAUACCAACCGUUUUGGAAAUAACGCGAUAUAUGUGCGAGGAGUCUUCAAUCAAUUUAAUAACAAAAUAAUAGGGCCAUUCUAACCAGGGUUCCACACAAUACAUCUAAAUUAAUCGCUAUUUUUUGCUUUCUCUCAAAUUAAACAUAAAAUUGUGAAGGUCACCCUGUAUAGUAAAUUUAUUUAUAUAUUAACUCAGCUAUUUAACAUAAAUAUGUAGGUAUAACUAAAAAAUUUUGUACGUUUUUUCCUUUCUUUGUUUCACAUAUUGUUUUUGGUGUCUAUUUGCUAAAAAUAAUAUUUCUGUGAUAGUUAAAGUACUAAUUAUUUGUUACUUAUUAUUAUUUAAUUUUCUUUGAAUAAAUAAAAUAAUAAACUUUUAUACACAUUGUUUUUUUAUUUUAAGAACCUCUCUAUGGAUUAAAAGAACAAAAAAUACAAAAAUAUUUUUAUUAACAAAAAACAGUAUAAAAAAUAAUAUAAACUCAAAAAUCGUCGAAAAUAUCAUCAGUAUUUAUCCCUUCAAAUAUAUUUUUUAUGAUAUCGGAUUUUUUAUUUUUUUCAAUUUUUUCUGUGGACUUGGUGCUAAUUUGACUUAAGGCAACCUCUUCAAAAUUAUCUGGGAUGUUGAAAUCAUCAUCAAAAAAAUCACAGUUUUCAUCAAAAAUGGAUUUUUCUUUUUUUGUUGUUUCCACAGUUUUAAUUUGGUUUAAAUUUGUGAAACUAUUAACUUUUAAUUUUGAUAAAUUUGGUUUAAUAAUUUUUUUGUGUUUUUCACUAAUUUCUUUAACAUUUCUCAGAAUUUCUUCACAACUCACUUCAUUAACAACAAUUUUUUUCACCCCAAGUGAUUUUUCGUGUAAAUCAUCCAAAGAUUUGGCCAUUUCCAUGGAAUAUAUCGUAAGUAAAUUAUUUGUGGUUAUGGUCAAAUAAUUGUUAUUUUCUCCUGUUGUGAGGACUCCAAAUUGUUUUAAAAUCACCACAGACCCUACAGUAAGAAAAUCUGAAUAUUCCUCAUAGAGAUUAUUCAAAAUUGUGCCUUGAAUUGAACCUAACCAAAAAAAAAUGUUAUUUAACAUUUUUAAAUAAAUUUCUUCACAAUACCAGAUUUAUCCUUCAAAGUUAUGUUAAUAGUGGGUAUUUUAGCAUUUGUAACCUCCAAAUUUUCUAUAACAGCCACCAAAAAUGGUACUUUUUGAUUAUACAAUUUUUUACAUCGUGUUUGACUUUUUAUCCAAUGUAUUGUAUAUUUAUCCAGUAAAAAUUGAUAAUCAUCAAAAUCUUCCAACAUUUUCAUCCACGGCUCCUCAUUAAAUUUAUUUUGAGGCAUUUGGGAACAUACAAAUACCUAAAAGGAUAUUACAGAAAUCCAAUCUAAAAAAACCUGUUUAAACAUACAUUUGACUCAUUAUCAUCUAAAUUUUCGUCUGGUAUAUCUUCAAAUAUUCUACUAGACUUUUUUCGGUCUGGUAAUAACCCUGCAGGGCCUGGAAAUUUCCUUUUUAUCACUUUACACUUGUUUAAACUUGUAUCACCCAAAUUUCCACAUACAUUUUUUUCAGUCUUACUCAAAAUCUCGUCUAUUUUAUCAUUAUUAAAACUGUUAU